AUGGCGAAUGAGAACCUCAUAAACCGUGACUCUACUUGUUUUUUCACAGCGAUAGAGGGCGAAUUUUACGCCAAUUGUUCCAACAAGAAUCUACAGAAUGCACCGAAUAUUUCGGGUUUAAUUUAUCCAAUUGUUGGUAUAGACUUAUCAAUAAAUCUCUUGUCCAAGUUUCCUACAAACCUACCGAAGACGCUGAAGUAUCUAAAUGUCUCAGCAAACAGCUUGGACAGAUUGUCGAGACACGACAUUCGUGAGUAUCCACAGUUGAUUGAAUUACGGAUGUCCAAAUGCAAACUUAAAGUUCUGGAGUCUCACUCACUUAAUGGAAGUCAGUUAAGGUAUCUGGAUGUUUCUGGCAACAGACAACUGACAUUGUCAGUGUUAAAGAAUAUUUCUUGUGAUCUCUCGGAGAGCUUUAUAGAAACUCUAAUCCUCGACGAGCUUCAAUGCCCAAUCGGACCUAGUAUUGUCCUAACCAGAAAUCACGUCAAGUGUCUGAGAAACACCAGUCUGAAAAUGUUAUCCCUGGCAUCAAAUAGAAUUGUCUAUUUAGACGUUUAUGUGAUACCGACACUCCCUGAGUCAUUAACAGUGCUCAAUUUCAGCGACAACAAGUUGACUAUGGGACUGUAUGCUUCUCAAUUUGGUCUGCUGAAAUCAAUGAAAGUUCUAGACUUCAGUUACCAAUCUCGUAUCCCUGUACAAAAUUUUGAAAACAUAGAAUGUACAUAUACAGAGAAAAAUUGCAAAACAGAGGAAACUGAGCGAGAAGGAAGUGAACGAGAGCCAAAGAUCUACGAUAUUCAUCCAUCCAUUUAUACAAUUUAUCUUCCACAGUCUUUGGAAAAAUUGUAUCUUCACGACUAUACAGUUGACCCAAAACCGUACAGGUAUGACGCUUUUAUUUCGUAUGCAGCUGAAAAUGAAACCUUUGCAAUUGACGUCAUCAACGAUUUGGAAAGAAAGAGUAAUCUUAAAGUUUGCUUCCAUAGCAGAGAUUUUAUUCCAGGCACAGCUAUUGCCGACAAUAUAUCGAAUGCCAUUCAGAAUAGCAGACGAACUGUAUGUUUUGUGACGUCACAUUUUCUACAAUCCUAUUGGUGUAUGUUUGAAUUCAACAUGGCACGAAUGGUGUCGUUUUAUUCUCGAGCAGGAGAAAAUGUUCUCAUUCUUGUUCUUCUUGAGAAAUAUCCGGCACACAAGAUGCCGCUGGACAUGUUAGAGUUGAUGCAGUACAAUUCGUACCUGGAAUAUCCAGGGAAUUUUGUUGACAAAGAAUCCUUCACUUCACAGCUUGCAAAACACCUGUAG